CCUCUUCCUGGGGCCUGGAGCCCUGGUUGCCAUCAGCCAUGGCUCCCAAAAAGAGUGUGAGCAAGGCAGGCAAGGAGCUUGAAGUCAAGAAGAAGAAAGGCGGCAAGAAGGAGCUGGUGGUGGCCAUGGAGCCGCCUCUGGACAAGGAGACGAAGGAGUUCUACCACAUCCAGAUCCGAGACCUGGAGGACCGGCUGGCCCGGUACCAGCGGAAGUGGGAUGAGCUGGCUGUGCAGGAGAAGCUGUUCCGCCAGGAGUUCGAGCAGCUGGCCAAUAACAAGAAGGAGAUUGUGGCCUUCCUCAAGCGCACGCUCAACCAGCAGGUGGAUGAGAUCACAGACCUCAACGAGCAGCUCCAGAACUUGCAGCUAGCCAAGGAGAUGGAGAAGGAUGCCUUCGAGGCGCAGCUAGCCCAGGUGCGCCACGAGUUCCAGGAGACCAAGGACCAGCUCACCACGGAGAACAUCAUCCUUGGGGGGAAGCUGGCAGCCCUGGAGGAGUUCCGGCUGCAGAAAGAGGAGGUCACGGACAAGUUUACGUUGCUGGAGGAGCAGGUGCGGAAGCAGGAGAAUGAGUUCAGGGACUAUGCGUACAACCUGGAGAAGAAGUCGGUGCUGGACAAGGACAGACUGAGGAAAGAGAUCAUCCAACGCGUGAACCUCAUGGCCAGUGAGUUCCACAAGGUGACCACGAACCGGAUGUGGGAGACAACGAAGCGGGCCAUCAAAGAGAACAACGGCAUUACCCUGCAGAUGGCCAGGAUCUCCCAGCAAGGCAUGAAGCUGCUGCAGGAGAAUGAGAAGCUCAAGGGAAGCCAGGGCAAUCUGUGCAAACAGCUGGAGCUGCUGGAGAACACCCAGAAGGUCAUGGCCAGGCACAAAAGAGGCCACCAGAAGAUUAUCCUCAUGCUGACCAAGAAAUGCCAGGAGCAGCAGCAGGACACCAAGGAGGCUGAGGAGCUGCGCCUCCUGCUGAGCCAGUUGGAGCAGAGAUCCCUGCAGCUGCAGGUGGACAACCAGGCACUGAAGAGCCAGAGAGACCAGCUGAGCUUGCAGCUGGGGCAGCAGCAGGGGGAUUUGCAGCGGCUACAGCAGGAACUGGCUAAUGAGCAGAAGGUUCGGGCCAGCCUGGAGGCGGCCCUGGUCCAGGCCACCUCCUUCCUCCAGAACAUUCUGCAGAUGCCCCCCGAUGAAGAGGACAGCGACUUUGACGUGACAUUCCAGCCAUGGCACAAGGAGAUGCUGCAGCAACUGCUGGUCAUGCUCAGCUCCACUGUGGUCCCGAGACCCCAGAAGGCUGUCUGUCCCCACCCGGAGUCACAGUCCCAUGGCCCACCCAAGGAGAGCCAGUCCAGCAUCCAGCUGCCCAGGACUGGGUCUCUGCUGCCGCAGCUCUCUGACAUCACCCGCUACCAGCCGGGGGAUCUAGGCCUGGUACCUCGCCAGGCCCGCAUCCCACCCAACCCCCAGGACCUCAGGCUGCUGUCAUCUGUCACCCGUGUGGGGACCUUCCGGGCACAGAGCAGCCCUGAGAUGCGUACCCCUGCUUCUCUAAAAAGGCUCAAAACGUUUAGUCUUCCUGAAGUUCUCCUACGUUCUAAAUAGGACACAGAGAGAAGAACCUACUUCAGAAAUGGACUGGUCCAGUCACAGUCACCCCCACUUUAAUCCGCAGGCAGCCUGCAACAGUCUAGAGACAGUUGUAUAAAAAGUAGAUACCAAGGCUGGCAUGGCAGGUCUGUGGCCCUGGCUGGGUUGGUGGGUACUACAGUCAGGCGGGC